AUGCAGGAAUGGAUUCGAUGAAUGAAAACUUUAAUAUGAAACAAGGUGAAAUUUUGUUAGAUAAACAUAAAAUUGUAGAGAUGACUCUUCAAGAUGUGCAAAUUAAUUAUGGUGAUGGAUUCAGAAUAAAAACUAUACCUGAAUAUCAGAAGCGGAUAAUAUUUGGUGAUGUCGAUACGACGCGACAGAUAACGCCAAUAGUUUAUACUAUAUUACAAUACGUCGCGCGACAUCGCGCUAUUGGUGCCACUCAAGCAGAUAUGGCAAAAGAUUUACAAAUAGAUCCAAGAUCAUUCUAUCAUUAUGUAAAGACGCUUAUCAAUUUAAAGCUAAUAGUAAAAUUACCGGUUGUUACUAAAGGAAUAUAUACAAAUCUAUGCAUUCUCACGAAAUGUGCCUCUCAAAAUCUUGCAUAUUUAGGAAAAUCUGUGUAUCUUCCUACAAACAAUUCAUCUAAUAGUUCUCGAUCGGUUCAAUCUUCCGAUUACACUUAUGAUCCAACGGACACAGUCAGUGGAGGCGUAUCUUUUAAUUCUGAGCUGAUUAAAAUCAAGUUUACUGAAAUAUUAGGGAAAGCUAAGAAUCAGAUUAUGUUAGCUAAUGAUUUAAUGAUGGCAUUGUUUGGAGUAUCGACACCAACAAAAAAACAGCGCCGUUGGUUUAAUAGGACUAUUGGAACUUUAUCACAUCAAGGAUAUAUCGAAAAAAUAAAUGUACCAAAAAAAGACUCGAAUAAACAGAUGGAUCGAUGUUUAAGACUUAUUACACAUUAUGAAAAAGGAAAAGAACCUGAAAUGGGAAAAUGUAAUCAUAAAUUGGCAAUAAGUACAUCUGAUAAAGGUCAAAAUGUAUCAGAGGAUCAUAAAAUGGGAAUUUAUGCCGAAUUGCCCAUGGAUUAUCAAGUAUAUCAAUUAAUACAAGGUGCCGGUGAAUAUGGGGUUACCGCUGGG